GUGAAAGUCUUACUGAUAAAUGUAUUGAGUUUGAGGUUGUUGGAUCUGAAGUGGAUGAGGGUACUAUCUUUAUUGUCGGAACGCUCCAAUGCUACAGUGAUAAUCCUGCACCGGAGAGGGCAGACGAUGUCCCAUUUGAUAUGAGUGCACUUCUUACUUUUGGGUUUAGUAACGCCCAAA